CCACUCGCUGUCGCAAGCGCUGGACAGCCUGGUUGCGUUCUUCACCGGCCAACCCAACGAUGCCGCGCCGGGAGCUAAGGAGCAAGUCGCUUCUCCCGCGGCAGGUGCAACAGGAGGCACUACGACAUUAGCGGACUCGCUGACCGCACAGCGCGGCGUCACGCAGGCGCAGGCGCUGGCUUCGCUGCCGGGGGAGGUGCUGGCGCGACUGCAGGCCAUCAAGCAGCUCGCUGGGCCGAAGGCGGUCCUCUCGUGGCCCGAUGUCUCGGAGGCCCCGGGGGCCUCUAUGGACAUGUCUAGUGUGGCGGAGGGCGAGGCCACGGCGUAUCGUGACGGUCGCGGCGCAAUCUACAAAUUCAAGCUAGGCGAGGGCGUGUUCGUGAACAUGUACUUCACCAAGGCCGGCUACCGGCGCAGCGGCGACCUGCACGACUGCAACCAGUACGACGUUGUGCUGCAGGGCCGCACCCGCCUGCGCAUGCUUGACCCGCACACGGGGUCGGAGGUGGUCCAGGAGUACGGCGCCAACGACUUUAUCGUCAUCCCGGCCAGGACCCCGCACAUGUUCGAGUUCCUUGAAGACAACUACCUUCUCGAGUGGUGGGACGACACCUUCAAAGCCUGGUACUACAAGCCGUACCGCAGCAUGAUCGAGGCGGGACUGCCCCUGGCCGACACCGAGGGGCGAGACCUCUCCCUGCUUGCGCGGCCGGCAGCGUGACGAAGCUGCACUGCAAUCUCUGCAUGUGCCUCUGGCUAUAUAUUGAGCGAGACUGUGAGUGUGAUGGUGGUGCAUGGCUGUAGACUGUAGUGGACUCAGUGCGAGAGGGUAGGUUCCUACAGCGGGUACCAACGGCGGUGGUGAGCGCUGUGCCGCUGGCCAGCUGCACAGCUUCUGAUGGCUUCGGCAAAGGUUGACGCUGUAACUGCAUGUGAAAAGCUCCUGGCUGCAGCGUAUGCAUAUGGAUUGGUGCUUUAUGUUGUCGGGUGUUUGGAAGGCAAGCUCUCCCGCUUUGCGCUAGUCCCCGCGUGCUGGCGCGGUUCCGGGUUUGUGCCGCGGGCCCCAGCAGCGUGGAGUGAUUGUUGGACCGUCCGUCUUCGCUUCUUCUGCAAUUGUACCUGGAAUAAUAAAUAACCAAUAGCAAGUGCCCGCAAGGACUUGGCGCAACUGUUGUGGCCUGGGUGCGAUUGGCGAAGGACUCUGAUAGACUUAGACGGGCC